UCCUUGUAGUCGUAUGUAAUGAGCAGUAUAUAUAUGCACACAAACCUAGCUACAAAGACAUUUUAACACCCAUAACCAAAAUGAAGGAGCAGCUCUUCACCACCGUCACCAAAUGCCACCGCAUCUUCUUCCUCUUCCUCUUCCUCUCACAGGGGGCAGCCCAAUCGGGCCCCACCCCGGAAAACAACCCCACCAUGUACGCCCGCUUCACCCCCUCCAUGGCUGUCAUCAUAUCCAUCCUCGUCGCCGCGCUCUUCUUCAUGGGCUUCUUCGCCAUCUACAUCCGCCACUGCUUCGACUCCUCUGGUGGGGCCAGCGUCAGCCGCGGCGGCCUCUCCCUCCUCAGGGCACGCCGCGCCGCCGCCGCCCGCGGGCUGGAGCCGUCGGUGAUCGAGACGUUCCCGACCUUCUCCUACUCGGAGGUGAAGGACCACAAGAUCGGCAAGGGCGCGCUCGAGUGCGCCGUCUGCCUCAACGAGUUUGAGGACGACGAAACGCUGCGUUUGCUGCCCAAGUGCGACCACGUCUUCCACCCCGACUGCAUCGACGCCUGGCUCGCUUCGCACACCACCUGCCCGGUCUGCCGGGCCGAUCUCAUCCCCCAGACCGGUUUCGAACCGGUCCAACCGCCUGACGAUGCAGUGGUAAUAAGUGAAUUGAGAGACAACGACCAGCAGAUUGUAAUCCAAGUGGACGAAGAAGAGCGAAACCCGAGCUUCGAGGUGCCAAACCGGAGGCCGAAAAUGGUCGGUUUGGGUAAGUUCCGGUCGCAUUCGACCGGGCACUCGCUGGUCCAACCGGGUGAGAAUCUCGAGCGCUUUACUCUGAGGUUACCCGAGGGAGUGAGGAAGGAGGUGAUGGACCGGGCAAAGCUGAACCGGUCUAGAAGUCUUGCGGCCGGACUAGAAAGAGAAGGAAGUUCGAGAAAAGGAUACCGGACCGGGGGAGAAGAGGGCAGCAGCCGGGCCGGGAGGUUCAAUAAGAGACUCGAGCUACCCGGUCGAGGAGCGAAUGCGGACCGGUGGGUGUUUUUCACGAGAGGGAUAUCGUUCCGAUCGCCGAGGGUGGUGGCGGAGAGCAGCAAGACGCCGGUGAAGAUGCCUUCGUUCAAGUGCUUGGAACCAAAAACCGACGGGGAUGACAACCGACCAUUUUCUGAGCCGCCGCCGGUUUAGAGGAGUUGAUUAGUCAAUAUUUGGCCAUGCAGUAGGGAUAGGUUCAGUGGAAAAGUCAAACUAGCUAUUUUGAUUAUUCCAUCGGAAUCGGAUACUAAAUACUCCAAUUGUUUUAGUUUUUUCGUCCAUAAAACGCAUUUGUAUUGAUUUUCCACUUUUUUAAAAAAAAAUUAUUUGAUUAUAAUUUUUUACCGUUCUUCGAUA